AUGGCCAAGAAAAGGCCUGCAUCCCUUGAGAAGCAGCAAGAAGGCCUGCAAGAAGGCCAAGUAGGAGCUUCUGAGCCCGAAGCAACUCAGGAAGAAGCAACCCAGGGGGCAACUGCUGAGGAGCAGCAAGAGGGCCUGCAAGAAGGCCACCAACCAGAUGCUUCUGAAGAAGGGAAACCAGCUGCUGAGGCUGAGAUAGAGGAAGCAGCAAAGAUGCUUCCAGAAAGUGUAGCAAAGGCAGCCCAGGCAAGCCUGAAAGAAGGCUCUGAGGCUGGUGCCACUUUGACUUCUUCCAGGCUCAAACUUCACGAAAAAACACAGGCAGCCAUCCAAGGCCUGAAAGAAGGCCACCUGUCAGAGGCUGCAUUCUGGCAGGAAAUCUCCAACAAAGACAGAGCUGCCUUGUGGAAAAAAUAUGAAGGAGCCAGGAACAAAGACCCUGAAGCCAAAGCAGCUUGGCUCCAGAUGGGUGGCCCAGGUGUCCUGGAUCAGAAGAAGCAACUGCUUCUGCACUUCCUGAAGACUGGUCAGGCCCAGGAAGGGGGCUUGAAAAAAAGCCAAGAAGUCGCCAACUCCAAGAAGGAGAAAGAAUGGUUUGAGUGGGUCCCCUGGAAGCAGAUCCUUGACUGGUAUGGGGAAGAGGAGGCCCUGGCCAGGGUAGAGAGUGGUUUAAUAGCAGUGAAAAAGGUGGGAAAGAAAUUCUAUGAAUUUCUCCUGGUGAAGAUCAGGACCGAGCUCACACUGGAGCAAAAAAAAGGCCUGAAAAAAGGCCAGGCUAUGGUCUCUCAGAAAAAAGAAAAAAGAAAUGCUGACAAGCAGAAGCACCUCGCAAAGGAAGAGAAAGUCAAGGAGGAGGACAGCAGAGCUUGCAAGAAAGCUCAGGCAGAGAAGACUAAGAUUGCCAAAAAAAAGGAAGCAGACAAAAAAUGGCACACAAAGUUAGAGGAAGCCACACAAGUGGGUGAAAACGAAAAGGACAGUAAGGUCAAGAAGAUGCUGGCCUUGGUCAGCAAAGGAGUGGCUGAUUUGAAGAAGGCUUGCAAGAAAGCCAAAGAUGCCAGCUGGGGUGCAGAUGUCCUGCAAGCUCUCAUCAAAUCUAGAGACAGCUUGGAAGAUUUGGCAACAGAUGGUGAGCUGGAAGGCAUCAAGAACCACUUGCUGGAAGCAGCAUCAGCUCUGAAGGCUUUCAAGAAAUUGCUCACUGCCUAG